CCUACCUUCCUUUGAGUACCAACGUGGGUACUGCCUUUCAUCUCUUGCUGAUCUUAACCCAAAUUCCGGGCGCAAUUAUUUAUAGACACGUUUUAAAGUUUAGGUACUUAUUUUUCGUAUUUUUUUUCUGGUCAAAAAAGUUCGUGUUUGCGAAGUGCUAAUAAUUUUUUUUUUUUGGGCAAGUGUUAAGUGCGAGGUGAGAACCUUGAAACUUUUUUACAAAACGCUCUUGAAUUAAAAUGUAGGCCAGAAAAAAAUCAAAAAAUUAUCAACCGUUUAUCAAAUCGAAUUCGAUAGUUGCAUAGACAAGAAACCAAAAGGACCCAUCCAAGGAUUUCUGGUUCAGUGAUUUUGUGCUUGACCGUUUCAAAUUUCAAGCGGAACGUUGUUUAAUGGGAUAAAAAUCCAAGGUUUGUGUUUGUAUCGUGCAGGAAGUGUGUAGUUUUUAAAUAUUCUUGGUUUCUUUAAAAUUUCAAUUUGAUAUACUUAUGAAGGAUAAUGUGAAUAAUUCAAGCAAACAAAGAAAGGUUUGAAUAUGGUCGACUGCUCCAAUUAAGAUGAUCCAAUUAAACUACUCGAGAAAAACACCAUAACGAACAAAAUGAGCAACUUUUUCAAAAAAGGUUUGGUAUUCUGUACUUUUUUUAUCUCUUGCGCAGCUGCAGCUUUACUGUUAGCUGCCUUGGGCACAAAACAUUGGACAGAAGCAACAGCUAAACGUUCCAAAAAUCCAUUAGAGAGCGACGGGAGAAUUUAUUUUGGAUUGUUUGAGGGUAGAAAGGAGUUAAAUGUUGCUUAUGGAUGGAGGAAUUAUGAUAUAGAUGUGCUACAAACUAUUAAAUAUGAACCCGAAUUCCUAAAUUACUGGUUUUGGUUGAGCACAGUCGCAACCCUAUGUCUCGGACUUUUAGUGGCCAUCAUUAGUGCUGUCUUAGCAGUAGUCAAUACAGCGACAACUUCUUAUAGAUGCCUGAUAAAGUUAUCAGGGUUAAUAUUUUGGAAUUUUUUAAUUUCUCUACUUUCACUAUGUAGUAUUGGAUUUUGGUUAGCACAGUUUUAUACAAAAAUUCAAUAUAAUGUUUUGACCCGAGAAGACAGGAGUAAUGAAUGGACUUCGGAGGAUAUGGCUCAGUUGGGCUACUCUUUUUGGUUUGUCGUUGGAGCCGCUUGUGCAGGCCUGAUAAAUAUUAUCAUAAUUUCAAUAGCAACAAGCGAAAAAGAAACAGAAACCGUUAUACCAGUAUUAGAAGAGAAAACCAACGGUGCAAUUAUGUUAUAUUAAAUAAUUUUUAAAUUUUUUUUUUUUUCGAAAGUCUGCAGAUACCCGUUUAGGUAUAUUAUGUAUAUACAAACCUAGGCCGGAUGAGGCCCAAUCUUGAUUUUGUAAAUAGAAUAAAAACCGAGGUUUACCAAUGUAUGUUACAUAUUAGUUUUAAAAUAAUAAUUGAAUCAAGUUUGAAGUAGCUCAGACAUCAAAGAUUAUUGUGUAGAAAUCAGGCUAUAAAUCUGAUUUAUGUGUACCCAAUAUUUUGUGUCUGGCAAGUAUUAAAUUCUUUCAAUUAUGAGCUCAUUCGGCCAAAAACUAAUAGAUUUUCCUCCCUAAAUUACUUAAGUUACUUUUUGUAAUUUUGAUAACACUGUAAAUAUUAACAAGCAAUUUAUUUAAGUAUAUUUAUUUCAAAUUUGAGUUAAAACCAUUAGAGUUAGGUAUGUUAAAAUGCUUAUUACCCAAUACUUGAAUGUUGUAAUAGUUAAACAUCAAACACCAAAUAAAUAAUAAAAAAACUGGAAUGUUCAAAUAGAAGUAUAUUUAAUUUAGAUCAGCAAACAAUUCUUUCCUCUGUUUUACAUAUCUUAAUAAUCUGAACACUGAGGAUGGUGUAACUCCUGGAAUUCUACUUGCUGCUGCAAUCUACAAAAAUAUUCCUAAAUUGAAAGACAAUAAAUUCCCAAAAAAACUUACUGUUUGUGGUUGAAUUCUCGCCAACUUUUCCCGUUCCUCCAUACUUAGACUCAAAGAUUCUGAAUUAUAAUCUAGAUUUUUUGGUAAUAGCAGAGAUUCAUUCUCUCUGACUUCAUUGACCUCCUCAAACUGUUCGGCAGCAGCAUGCUCGUACAAAGCUUCAAUAUGAAGCCUAUUCACUAUGGACUGAUCAUAAGUCAACUGUAAUAGAUCAGGGGCGGCUUUAGCUAAUGACCUAAUGUCGAUUUUUUCAUUGUUAAUGUCCAACAUUUCCCAGGCA